GCUUAGGUUACACCUUGAUUGCUUUAGAAGAUGCUAAAGGAAACUAUUUUAUUUUGUCAUCCAUGGGAAGAAUGAUAUGUUCGUGGAAACGUACUGUAACAUAACGGGUUCAUAAUGGAUGAAGAAGCUAAGAUGCGAACAUGCCAUCUUUUGGACUUGCCCUGGGAGGAUGUACUUGUUCCACAUAUUUUGUGCUAUUUACCGCUGCAACACCUUGUCAGCCUCCAGAGGGUGAGCAAGCAGUUCCACAACCUCAUUAAGGUGUACCUAUCCAACUGCAGGACCUUUCAUCUGUCCCCGACCUCACCAUGCAUUCCCAGGGAAGCAUUUUGCUCGAUGUUAAAGGACAAUAAAGUUCUGCAGAACUUGUCACUGCAGAAUUGUUCAGACUGGGUGUCCGAUAAAGAACUGCUGCCAGUUAUUGGCCAGAACCAACAUCUGCAAAGGGUGGACAUGAGCGGGUGUGCAUGUCUCACCCGCCACUCCCUGGUGGCUGUGUCCUUGAGCUGCAUGCACCUGCAACACCUUGGCCUGGCACACUGCGAAUGGGUGGACAGCCUGUCCCUGCGCAGCCUGGCUGACCACUGCGGGGGGCUGCAGUCGAUCGACCUUACCGCCUGUCGCCAGCUGAAGGACGACGCCAUCUGCUACCUGGCCAAGAAGUGUUCAAAUUUGAGGUCUCUAUCGCUGGCAGUCAAUGCCAACAUCACCGAUGAGUCAGUGGAGGAGGUGGCCAAGAACUGCAGGGAUCUGGAGCAGCUGGACCUGACAGGUUGCCUGCGGGUCAGGAACCAGUCCAUCAGGACUCUUGCAGAGUAUUGCCCAAAGCUGCAGUCGCUGAAGGUGAAUCACUGCCACAAUGUGACAGAGUCUAGCCUCGAUCCUUUACGGAAGCGCAAUGUAGUGAUUGAUGUUGAGCCGCCCUUACAGAGGGCACUUGUACUUCUGCAGGAUGUGCUAGGAUUUGCACCAUUCAUCAAUCUCCAGAUAUAACAAGUCGAUAGAAGGUGUCUUCAUAUCUCACUUUCAUCUGCAUCACAUGGGCAUGUGUUGCUCUGAGAAAGUUAAAGAACACACGAAUGUGUUGCACUCAAGCUUUUGUGGAAUGUGAUUAAUGAUACAUGUUUAAGAAGGACUUGAAAAUGUCAUCAGUAAAGUAAGCCAUGUACUUUUAAGAACUGCUGCCUCGUGUACAAAAGAAAUCACUGCACUAUUACUUAAUCAUUUGGUGUGAUGGGUAUAAUGUAUAACCAAAGUACAGUGGAUUUUUUUUUUACCAACCUGUCACCUUAUGUUUCAUUUGGAAACAUUUAAAAAAAUGUUUGAGUUUAAUUAAACAUCUCAUUUUGCAUGUGUGUGCCAGCUUAAAGGGUCAUUUCAACCAAAUCGCACAAAAAGCGUACUCGCACUUACCACUUAAUUGUGUAAAUAUUUGUUUUGUUUAUUCAGAUUUUAUUAUCUCCACUUCUGCGUCUUCUGCUGCCACCAACAAACAAGGAAGGUGGAUGCAGUUUUGUUUCCGGUGCUUACUGCACGUCUUCCAGAAAUGAUCCUGGCUCCUCAGGAUCAUCUGUAAAAUCUCACUGCUGUCAACAGUUUCCCAGUGAAAGCUGAGAUUAAUUGCAUGGUUACAUGUACAGUGUAAUGAGUAGAAAUUUUUUUUCUGUGAUGUGGGUGAAGUUCCCCUUUAAUUCAUAAUAUUAAUAAAUACAUAUCUUUUGAAUAAGUAUAAGAAUUUAUUAUGACUAUUUCCCAUUAAGUCCCUUAAAUGGCUUUUGUAAAAAUGACCUAUUGAGAUGUUGUUGGCCUAUGAAUUAUGGAAGUACUAUUAAAUUGUGAAAUACUGCCAAAAAUGACACUUGACUUUGCUGUGAUGGAGUUGUCUGUUUACGCCCUUACUGCCUACUAUAAAUUUGAAAGUACCUGUUUGGUGCAAGUGCUUCGUUUUUUAUGAAAAAAGAAAAGAAAUCAGGAUAGUACUAGGAUAGUUUAGUUUUUUCCUUCUUUAAAUGUAGAAAAAAAGUGCUGCUUUCCUGCCACUGAUGUGAAUUAAUUUAUAAUUAUAUUAAAUAAA